CACAAGCAGCGGUCUCAGUAAGAGACAGGAAGGCAAGCAGACAGACAGACAGGCAGAGAGGAGCCGGCACAGAGGGAGACUACGAGAGCCAGAGGAAACUCCACAUUAGUGGCCAAGUGGUGAGUCUUAUUCAGAGCAGCCACAGCCUCCACCUACCACCGGCUGCAGCCUGAAAUGUAUAGGAGGUGUUCCUGGCGUUAAACACCUCGUCCCUUCCCCUACCGCUCUCUGCUCGCUGUAUGCCUCUGUCACUGCUGCCGAAAGGGGCUGGCUGAGAUGACCUGGGAGAGAGGGAGAGCUGUGGAGAGCCGUUUCGCUUGCCAGCUUACUGGGAGGACCGCCUGAUUCUGAUUCCCCCAACAUCGCUACCUGAACCUGAACCAGACACUAGUCUGAUCUGUUUGUCAUCAGCAAGCCCAAAUAGGAGGGCAUGGUUGUUUAGAAGAGACAGGGGCUAGAGCCGGCGGAGGGAGAGAGAGUGCCCACCACAGAGACAGUGGCCCAAAUCACCUGGAAGUGUGUGUGUCUGUGUGAGCGUGUGUGAGCGCGUGUGUGUGUGAUCGCUGUCUCAGAGAAACCUACUCUGCAAUACAUAAUCUACACUGAACAAAAACCGUGAAUGAUUGAGAAUCAGACCGAGCUCCUUUCUGUGAGACCUCGUCCCAUGCUCCUCCCUCCUCUCAGGGGAUGGCCAAGGUCCAGGAUGGACACACAAACACAUGUGACAGCCCUGCGAUGUUAGAAGAGAGCCAGGAUGGUAUGGACAGUGGUAGCCUGACUCCUGGCCCAGCUUCAGCUCGACAGGUCUGCAUUCAGCGCCACCCCAGCCAAGGCUUCGGAUUCAUAGCAGGCAGCCAGAGACCAGUCAUCGUACGCUCCGUCUCUGCAGACGGCCCGUCCAUCGGCAAGCUUCUCCCUGGAGACCAGAUCCUGGCCAUCAAUGAGGAGGUGGUGAGCGAGGCUUCCCGGGAGAGAGUCAUAGACCUUGUAAGAUGCUGCAAAGACUCCAUAGUUCUCACUGUGCUGCAGCCUCACCAGUCACCUAAGUCAGCCUUUAUAAGUGCAGCUAAGAAGGCCCAUCUGAGAACCAACCCGCCCAAAGUGCGCUUUUCAGAACAAGUGUCCUUCAGUGACCCAGACUCAACAAUGCUAAAGGACGACUCUUUGCUACUCAUACCAAAUGUGCUGAAGGUGUUCCUGGAGAAUGGUCAGAUCAAGUCCUUUACGUUUGACAGCCGCACCACUGUCAGGGAUGUGAUCUCGUCCCUGCAGGACCGCCUGUCCCUGCGUUACAUCGAGCACUUUGCCUUGGUGCUGGAGUCAGGUGGGCUGGACCAGAACCAGAGACUACACCUGCUGCAGGAGAACCAGCCGCUCUCACAUGUGGUGCACAGGACGUAUUUCCAGGGGAUGAAGUGUCUCUUCCGCAUCUGUUUCUUCCCCAAGGACCCGGCAGACCUGCUCAGGAGGGACCCUGCAGCCUUCGAGUACCUCUACAUACAGAGUCGCAAUGACGUCAUCAAAGAGCGCUUCGGCAUGGACUGGAAGUCUGAUGUCACACUGCGGCUGGCGGCGCUUCAUAUCUACAUCACAGUGUCGUCGGCCAGACCCAAUCAGAAGAUCUCCCUCAAGAAUGUGGAGAAGGAGUGGGGUCUGGAACCCUUCCUACCCCUCACUCUGCUUCCCACCAUCAAGGAGAAGAAUGUGUGUAAGACCCUGUCACAGCUGCUCAAAACCUAUCAGCAUCCGCCUCCCUCCGGCAAUAAGGUGCCUCCUCUCCAGGGAAAGCUGCAGUACAUGCGUGUGCUCAACGAUCUUCCGCCCUUUGGAGGCUUGCUGUUCCACACCGUCGGACUAGAUGAGAAGCAGUCGGCCACUACGCUGCUGGUGGGUCCGCGGCACGGCAUCGGUCAUGUGAUCGACCUAAAGAACAACCUGACCACGGUUCUGACAGAGUUCAGUCGCGUUGCUAAGAUACAGCUGCACCGGGAGAACCAGGGCGUUGCCCGCGUAGAGGUGGCCAUACAUGAGGCCAAGCCUCUGGUCCUGUUGAUGGAGUGGCCUGAUGCCAGUAACUUCGCCUGUCUCAUCUCCGGCUACUACAAGUUGUUCGUGGACCCCAAACGAGCCAUCUACUACCGGACACCUGGUCAGUCUUAUAUGAUCAAGGCAGAUUACAGAGGUUCCCACCACGCCCACCCACGCUCUGGCGUCACAGCGGUGCCCAGUGGAGACCGACGAGGGGAUGAGAGGGAAAGAUCCCAUACGAGGGACCCAGGUUCCCAGUCUCAGAAGACAGCGACCGCCCCACUGCCCGCAGAGUCCCAACACCUGGGUCUAUGCCACGUCCAUCUCCGGGAGCCACAACAGCUGCAGGAGCUCCAAAUGCAGGCAGAACCCGAGCUCGACAUCAAUGAGAACUUAAUUUCCCAAGAGGUACCAGAGCGGCCCAGUGCCAAGUCUGACCCAAUCCCCCGGAGCACGGAGACGAUCGGCGAGAGGCCAGAGAACCCCGUCCAGGAGAGCUCAGUGGUCUUCAGGAGCAGAGCCCAAACCAUGGGGCAGUCCCAGCGAACUACACGGUUCUUCUGUGACUCCUGCAAGGCCAGGUUGAGGGCAGAGGGAGUGGCCUUAGACGGUGGAAGCAGCGGCAGCUCGUCGAAGCACUGCUCCAGCGCCUGUGCCUCCCGUGAUGCUGGUGCAGUAGACCUCAUGGCCCUGCCUCCGCCGGGGAACGAAGAGGAAGAGGAAGAAGAGGUGGAGGAAGUAGGAAGAAAGCUGCAGCCUCCUCCGCCAGCCAUUGCUGACCCUCCGCCUGGCUUCAGGGACAACAGCUCGGAUGAAGACGACUCCAAGAGAGGACGGAAGUCUCAACCAAACCCAAACUCCAUCCCCAGUCCAAGCACUACAACUGGGGCAACUGCAGGCAAGAGCUCUGCCAAGGAAGUGGUACCGGCUCCAGAGGAUGUCCCGGUGACGUUGAUAGACAACGUGGCCACCAGGACAGUACGGGACCAUGCCCAGGAGCUGGAUGAUGCUCUGGUGUCCACUCUGCAGGCACUGGAGGCCCUAGCUGCAUCAGAGGAUUUCCCCCAUCACCCCCAACAGCCAGCUCAGACCACAGGGUUGAUCGUGUUGGCGGCCAUUACGCCUGAGUCAUCGUUGGACUCAGGGCACGAGACCAACUCCUCAGAGCUGACAGACGUCUCAGAGAUGGUGUCGGCCAUGAAGCAGCACCAGAACCAGGCCUACCUGCUGGCCCACCAUAUCAACAAGGAGCGUAUCUUCAGUCGCAGGGACUUCCCCUUGGCCAUACCAGGCUGCACCACCCAGACUAUAGAGGGUGGUGCGUUCUCCAUGGGUCAGAUCCGCGGCAGCUGCCCCUCGAAGCCAGUGACCCUCAGUAAGACUGUUCCCCUAAAGCUCAGCCCUGCUAAGGAGACUGCCAGUCCAGGUCUCAGCUCAGUGAAGCAGGGGAGUAACGUUACCCAAGACCCAUCGCAGAGUGAACCGAGUGAAGGCAAGAAGGCAAAAUCAGAGCCUACCAAAGCGUGCACGCAAGACCGUCCUGCAAAGUCACCUGAGGAGCUGAAAGUGUCCGAUCCAGGGCAGGCACCCAAGGUCGGCAAGGAUCAAAGGUCACCCUGUUCUGCUGUGGGAAAACUAAGCCCCAAUCUCUCUGCAGGGAUCAAGGGGAAGAAGUCUGCGCCUCUGAGUCCGGACCCUACCAACAAAGCCUUACCUAUUCUAUUGGCUGUAGACAGAACUGCCUCCGCCAAGAUUUGCCCCACAAACAUGUGCCAAGAUGCCGAGACUGCCUCUAGCGAGACCAUCAAGCCUUCAAGCUCUAAUGACCUCCUGCCAGUUGAUGACCUAUUCUGCACGUGCCCAGUGAGAGAACCCGGGCCACAGCUAAGACCAAAGGAUCCACAAUCCCAGAAGGUGGUGGUGUUCCAUUCCUCUUCCCCAACAGACGAUGAGCAUCUUCGGUCCAAAGGCCUCCAACUGGCUAGCAGCACAGAGAUCACAGCGAGAGCAGCAGGAGGAGCAGGAGCAGACCCCGUCUUGGUCAAGCCCAGCCCCCAGGUUCCAAAAAAGUACACCCAGUCCCCACACAUACCUGUGAAAGCUGAGAGGAAGGAAGCAGCAGAGGCCAAGGCAGAGAGGUCCCAGGGUAAAGCUCAAGCUGAGCCACAGAAAUGCCCCUCGAAGACAUUAUCUCUCCUGGGAGACUCCACACACCCUACCUGCUCUGUGGACAAGGUCUCCACUUUUCCAUCUGCUGACAGCAAGAAGCAGGGUGGUGGUAAAGGGAAGGCCCCGCGUAGUGCCCCCUUCCUCAGUAUCAAGAACCUCCUGUCAGCCACGUUCCCAGCUCGGAUUCGUCGGGAGACUGACGAGCGCAGAGCCCAGCUCCAGAAGGUCCGGCAGUACGAGUUAGAGUUCCUGGAAGAACUUCUGAAGCCCAAGUCAUCCGGGGGAGAGUACCUACCCCAGGGGUCCUCGCCAGUCCCCUCAGGCACCCCCUGUGCUUGCCAGCUCCGUACAAGUCCUGUGCUAAAAGCCCCUGGCAUCUCCCGAGAGCAACGCCGCAGCUGCGACUGCAAGAGGAUGUGCAGAGGCAUCCGACUGCCUGAUACACCGGUCGGCUCAACUGCGGAGCCACAGCAACAUAGAGGCAGAGAGAGAUCCCUCUCCAAGACCCCUCCAGCGACCUCCAAAACCCCUCACUCCCAGGGAGGUCCGAGGAGACCUCAGACCUUAGAGAUCAAAACCACCCGAAUCCGCUCAACCAGUCUGGAGUCACGGGAACCCAGGGGGGAGCAGGCUUCCUGCUUGCCCACCUGCACCUCUCGCACACCAGACUGCAUGGGCGCUCCGCAGUACAAGAAACUCCAGAGGCGUUAUAGCAUCGGGGAGGUGGACAACGCUGAAGGCACGCCACUCUACGCUGAGGUCAAACCCAAAGCCAAGAGCCUGGAGAAGGAGAUGGAGCGAGUGAGGGCCACAGGACUGAGGCUUCCAACGCCCGUGGAGCCUGUUCACAAUCAAACUCAAACUCACACGGCUGCUGCAGCGGCGAAGGGGAAGAAAGGAGUGUUCUUCGUCCAGGGAGAAGAGCUGCUGCGGGAGAGCAAAGAGGGGGCGCCGACUGAGAUGCUGCUGGGGCUGCCUAGCGAGGACAGUGACGACAGGGAGAAGUGCUGCUCCUUCUGUUUCUGCUACAGGAAAUGUGAGGAGGCGGACGAGAGCAGUGAGAAAGAAGAGCUUUCCUACUCCAUCCCCCUCCAGGUCCUGCCUGGGAUGCAGCUGGACUCUCAGACCUUGCCCGUCAUCAGCAAAACCCUCCAGGUUCUCCACGCUGAGGGCUGCAGCGGGGAGGAGGAAGAAAUAGAGGAAGAGGAAGAAGAAGAGGAACCGCAGACACAGGAGAUUGACCUCCGGGCCUGCGGGACUCUGGAGGGUAGCCUGGCGAGGGUCCAGUCCCUGCAAGGGCAAACGUUCAGCCUGCCGGACGGUUUCCUCAACGCCCAGCUGGAUGCUAAUGAGCUGCUAGCCAUCCUGCGACAGUGCGCUAACAUUCCCCAGGUGGAUAACGAAUCACGCCUCCAGCCGUCCCGGAUUGCCGAGUACAAACAAGAGCUGGCGGUGCGCUUCAAGGAGUUCAGGGCGGCGUGCAGACGGGUGGCGAGCGUCGAGAAGAGCCCCACGCGCAUGCUGAGCGUUGUUACGGCCAGCUUCCUGGUCCUCUGCGAACUGACUCAGACCUUCAUCAAGCUGGUUAGAGGGGUGCGUUCAGAGGCCCAAAGGCUGCAGCUGCUGCGGAAGGUUGAAGAGGUUGCUAUCAAUUACACUUUGUUGUUGCGUGCAGCCGAGGAUGCUAUGGGCCACUCCAGUAGUCUGCCUAACAAGAGCGUGAGUCCCCUAGUUACUACAACCACCACUAACAUGGGCUCCCUCUCGCGCCCAAUGAAAACCCUGCCCGCCCAGUAGAGACAAAGUUGUGGGAAGUGAGUGAAUAAUUAUUUAUGACAGUUGGGAGUGUGGGUGACUGGGACCACACUCUCAACGUCCAUUAGUUAUUUAUUGUUUACAGGACAUGCAAUGAUCCAUCCAUCACAAUGCAACUGCUCCAUGAUGCGUUUCCAGGGGCUGUGGCAGUUGCAGAGUGGCCCUGUAGUGUUCUAGCAUAAAAUACAAACGCUUGGGCACCUAUGUACAAAAGGUGCAUGCACCUACACCUCUGAAACGCUGGGUGAAAAACAGGGCUAACCACUCCUCCAUGUCAACUCUCACAUUUCAAAGAUCCUUCUUAUUCUUUUCGAUGUAUAUUUGAGUUGUAUCUUUUUAGCAAAGUAUACCAUUUUGUGGAGAAAAAAUAUAAUUAAAAUAAUAUCUAAAAUGAAUUUGAGUAUAACAAAUAUAAAGAGUAAUACACCUGUAAUAAAUCUUAAGACAUUUUAAUGUGCUCUGGGCAAAAAUACCACAGAGAAUGUCAAAGUAGCGAAUUCUGUGAAUUAGGUAGUCCAAAGCCUGGGUAAGUAGUUGACCUGUUUGUUUGUUACAUUUCUAACUGUUGUCACAGAAUGAGUUCUGUUGGUCAUCUGGAAAGUAUCAUGACAUGCACCUCAACAAUAUCACAUACAUCACAUUCACAUUGUUGAAAAUGGUACCUCUGCGAGAUUGUAAAAUCCACACAUUUGAAUUGGGUUGCUAUAAAACAGACAUGGGGCCCAUUUACUCACCUGUAGAAUAACACCACAGGUUGGGGCAGAUGUAGCAGAAACGCUAACUCACUAGCGGCUAACCAAUCAGCUGGGUAGGAUCAAUGUUCUUCAUGAAGGAAGGCAGCCCCGCUCUACUGUAUAAAUUGUAGUAAACCUCACAUUGCUGUCUUGGUUUGAGACACACACACAUACACACAGUACACACACUCUCACACACAACGAUCACAGUCCACAUGAAAUCUGCACCUCGCCUCUUGUAAACGAGAUGAGGUAUAUGGGAGAUCCACUUUAGCAAGCUUAGCCUUAGACUUUUGCACAACCUUCAGCAUUUGCUCCUGCUCACACAUGAUCUAAGUUCAUGUUUUGUUUACAUUCAGCCUACUGAACAUUGAGCUAGAAAACAAACGUCACAUCAUACACCUUCAGUUUUAUAAACUAUUUCAUCUUAUAAGAGAUUCAAGUUGCUAUAUUAUUCUCUAAAAUCAUUUUACAGGAUUUUGUGUCACAAACAAUUCAAUGGGUUUAUACUUUUUGCUCUCUAUGUGCUGUUGUCCAUUGUGCAAUACAGGAGAUAUAUAUAUAAAUCACACCAUACAAGAGAUAUAUAUAUAAAUCACACAAUACAGGAUAUAUAUAUAUAUAUAAAUCACACAAUAGAGGAGAUAUAUAUAAAUCACACAAUACAGGAGAUAUAUAUAUAUAAAUCACACAAUACAGGAUAUAUAUAUAUAUAAAUCACACAAUACAGGAGAUAUAUAUAAAUCACACAAUACAGGAGAUAUAUAUAUAAAUCACACAAUACAGGAGAUAUAUAUAAAUCACACAAUACAGGAGAUAUAUAUAUAAAUCACAUAAUACAGGAGAUAUAUAUAAAUCACACAAUACAGGAGAUAUAUAUAAAUCACACACACAAAGUAGUUUUCUAUGUAUUUUAAUAAAACUGACACCUGUGUUUUCUGUCUGAAAACGGCUUCCUGUCUCAUCCUGUUGUCAAACCACGGAGAUCAAACAGCCUAUUGCUAACCUCAACCGAAACUGAAACUAUUCAGACUCUGACAUUAAGGUACUAUUCAUACCAUGUGUUUUCUUUCACUGCACUACUGUCUCGCAUGUUUCCCCAAUUCUACAUUUCUUCUUGACGAUACAAGAAGUAGAACGGUCAAGAUACCAAUGGUGGUGGCAGAUUCAGUGUUACGACUAGUUUUAUUGAAGUGAGAAACAAAGAAUAUACAUCCACAAAAAUAUGAGGAGGCUACUUACUGCAGUAAUGUUUUGAAAUGGAAAUUCUUUACGCGGAGUUGUAUUAUUCUACACUUGAGAUGUAAAUAUUGUAAAACGGUUGGAAUACUUGUGAGCCAGGAAAACACUUUUAAAUUAUCCCACUAACUGACAAUGUGAAGAUUGGUUCCAAAUUCUUCACUGUUUUGUAAAAAAAAAAAUUGAAAACAUGUCUGUACCGUAUAAUUUAUAGUCGUUAUGUUCCAUAGAAAACUAAUAGCAAAAACGUAUAUUUUAAGACUAUAUAAUGAGUAUAAAGCAUGGGACAUGUUUAUUUUUAUAAAAACUAAAUAUUUACAGUAUCAAACGGCAUUCUCUCAUCAUGACCACCUGGAAAUGUUUUCAAACAUUUUGUUUUUGACAUAAUGUUAAUAUAGAAAUAUUUUGUGUGGUUGUCAUUGUUGAGUUGCAUUGUUGCCAAACUGUGAAUAUGUCUCUGUUCCAUAACAUAAUGGACCUAUGUUCCGUGGCCUAUUCCAUUGUGUUUGUUGGCACUUAUUUAUUUACUUUUAUUUAUUUGUCAAUACUCUUGUCUUCACUGUGUUCUUCUGUCUGUACAAUGUUUCUCAUGUUUUAAGAGCAAUAAAAUUAUAAUCCUCGGUUUAGAA